AUGCCCGUCGAGGUCCAAGACUCCGCUCGAGCAUCAUCCAUCCGUGGCCACGGGCACCAAGGCCCCAGUAACCCGAAUCCAUCCCAACCGACACGACAAAACGAAGGACGCCCAACUCCCGCCGGAUUCAACAAAGAGAGAAGAGAACAGGACAAGGCAACAACAUGGCCUACCCUACACCAAGAACAUGGUCGCAUCCCCCUCCACGGCAUCCUCCCCUCGUGCACCUACGCAUUCGCAUUCCCCUCUACAGACACCCCACUUUCACAAACACCGCCUUUCGAAUACCACCGCACAUCACGCGACCCAAUCAGCAGCCAAGCUGCUGACCCCUCCGGGCGUCAACAAGUCACAAGGGCAACCCCACCAUCGCCCACGACUCCUCGCGGCGCCGCGUCAACGUGCAUGUAA